UCAUCACCAUCAGCUUUAAUUGCACCAGCCAAUAAUCUGAUGAACGUUGUUUUACCGGUUCCAUUUUCUCCAAGCAUAACAAUAAUUUCAGAAUCCGAUAUGUUGACUUUACCUAAUGUUUUUUUCAUAUCUGGAUAUCUAUAUCUUCUAUGUUUUUCUACUUCCUUUUCAUCCUCGGCAGUUUCUGCCAGUUUAAACGUUAAAGAUUCUUCACGAAAUCUCAGAUUCUCUGUUGGCACCUUACCAUCCAAGAAUAUAUUAAUACCUUCGCGAAUUGAGAAAGGCAUAGUAACAACACCAUACACUGAGGGGACACCAUAA